UCGGAAAGCAUCGCCUUGGCUACGGCGGCAAACGAUAUUAUUUGGUUGAAGUUAAAGUGAGAGUCAGAGGAUAUCAAAAUGGCAGAUGCAGACACCACCGGAAGUAGGCCUCCAGAGCCAAUCUCUAUAACAGUACAAAGAGUAAAAAAUCUGAAAGGAUCCAAGGGUGACAAUGUUCAGGUCAUGGUUAAAAUGGAGUUUGGUGAUAAAACAUUAAUGACUGGGGACCCACCAAAGGUAGACUGUAGUCCAGAUGCACCAGCAGAGAUUAACUAUACAGAGACCAUUAAUGUUAAUUAUGAUGAUUCCAAUGUUCUGGAUGAGAUAGCACACAAGCCUGUUGUUUUGACUGUUAUUGAAGUCUUACCAAAAGAGAAGAAGCAGAAAGAAGAAAAGAUAACUCCUCUUGGACAAGCCACAGUUGAUUUACUUCCUUUGCUUAAAGGAAAAACAAAAGAAGUAUAUUCAUUGACCAUCAACCCAUCACCAGGUUCACCAUUAGAGAGUAUUCCUCCAGAAAAUCCAAGGCCAACAAUAGAUGUAUCUAUUUGCGUCAAUGAUCAUUUGAUGGAUGUACAAGAGCAAGGAAUUGGUAAUUUGAUGACCGUCACAGUAGAAACAGUGUAUGCACCUCCUGAGUCAUGGACAAUGGCAGGGACCCAGUAUGCUUAUGCUACAGCAUUACCAGUUCCUGUAGCUGCUGAUAAAGAAGUACCUGUCGUAUUUGCUAGUGGUCAAUUGAAACCUGGUACUGACAAGGAAGUCCCAAACAAGCAGAAGAAAUGGGCAUCUCCUGGUUCUGCACAGGGGAAUGCUGUUUACAUUCCAGAAAGUUUUAUACCAAGUGACCCUGUAGAAGAUGAGGAUGGUGAAUUUCGUGGAAAAGAGGACAGGGAACACAGACACUCUGCUGAAACAGAAAAGUUACGUGUCACUUGGAAUACAGAAAGGAGAUGCUAUAUGGAUAUUUCUGCAGAAAAGAGUUUUCAGGAUAAGAUUGCUAAGUGUCGUUUCUGGCCAGUAGAAGUUAUGAGGCUGCCUCAACCAGCAGCAGCUAAAGGAAAAAAGAAUAAUUCAAGUCAAGCGUUUAACAAACAGGAUGAUGAGGGUGCCAUUAGUUACCAUGGUGUUGCCUUUGUUAACCUAGCCCCACUGUUGUACCCAGGAGUAAAGAGAAUAAGAGGAGCAUACAAAGUCCAUGCCUACACUGACCAUGCUAUGCAUGAAAAGACAAAAAGGAAAACUGGUUAUGGCGAGGAAGCAGGAAGGAUUGCCUUCAAUAUUCUCAACAGGAACAGUGCCUCUCCUUUCCCUAAGAAGCCUGGUAAAGACAAGGAUGAUAAGAAAGAUAAAGAUGUUAAGAAGGGGAGAUCGGGUAGUAUUUUACAUCAUAGCUCAGCAGUGCCUCAUGAGGAUAAAGAUUUGCAUAGCCUAAGCAAUCAGUCAGAAAGGGCAUCUCAGACCAUUAAGUCUGAUACAGGAUCAGAGAUGGAAGGACAAGCACCUGUCAAUGUGGAAGGACAACAAUAUGUUGAGGCUAAAUCUUAUGUGAUGUUGGAGAUCUGUCUAGCACAUCCACUCAUCCCUAAACGUCCAGCAGAAGAGCUGGCUAGAAGGGUAGCUGAAUACAUUCCACCAAGACCUCUCUUUCCAAAGAGAACUGAUGGUGCUGUGAGGUCUGUAGAAGAUUUCCAAAAUCAAGUGGCUAGUGUUGCUAAUCUGAUCCUGGAUGAAUUCAGGGACCAGUUUGGUGAUGAUUUCAAACCAGAUGAUACAGAAACAUCUGAGGCUAUGGAAAGCAGGAGACAGAAACUGAUUUAUGAACUGAACUCUUCAGGCAAAUACUUUGCAUUUAAAGAGCAAUUAAAACAUGCUGUAGUGAAAAUUGUAAGAGAGAAAUACUUAAGGACGUCAACCUUUGAAGACAGACAGGAAUUACAGACAUUUUUAAGUGAGUUAUAUGUAUACCUGAUUGAUCAAAUGCAUGUGGCUCUUGGAAAAGUUCUAGCUCUGGAGGACCAACCUCCUAUCCCUGAGCCGUUGACAGACUCAGCACAGCUGAAACAUUUUGCCAGGGAGGCUGAAGUCAAUGAUAAUUAUGAGCUGGCUACUAAAUAUUAUCAGGAGAGGAUAGCUAGGAACAAGAAUGACCCAUCUCAUUGGUUUGACUAUGGAACUUUCUGUUUAUAUAUCAAUGAUAUCACUAAAGCCGAGGAGUGCUUCAAGGAAUGUAUAGCUAUAGAUCAGAAACAUUUACAUGGACUUUUGUUGUAUGGCGUUGUAUGUACCUUACAGCAGAGACAUGAAGCAGCAGAAACCUUCUUUGAAGCAGCUACUUGUGUCGAUCCAAAAAGUAUUUUGGCUUGGACUAUGUUAGGUUUAUUCUAUGAUGCUGUGAACAAUGAGAUAGGUGCUGAAAUGGCUUAUCUUGAGGCUAACAAACUGAACCAGUCUAAAGCUGUAGCUAUAGCUAGGGCCUCUAGAGAGGAAGAGCAGGUCAAAGAGAGGGAAGCAAGAGGACAAGAGGCUGAGGAAAAAGGUGAAGCUGAUGGUUCUCAUGCUGGUGACCAGGGUGGCUUAGCACCCCCUCAACAGCCUCACCCUGAUAUCAAACAGCCAUCACCACCUGGCAGUGACAAACCACCGACAUCAGCUCGGUCUGGAGGUCAGAGAUCUAUGUCAGAUAGAAGACAAUCAGCCACACGUAGAUCAGAUGAAAGUGACAAAAUCCAAUUGGAAGGAGCAAGCAGAAUAAAAAGUGACAGCAGUAUGUCUCGUCCAGGUAGCCACCAUAAAGUCGGCAGUCAAAGGGGCUCCCCUCAACCACAUGAGGAGACAGAGGAACAACCCCCCAGGGAACCAACACCCGUUCCAGCCUGCAGCAUUUAUAUGCAUGCUAUUGAAUGGCUUUUGGAGGUCAAGGCUAUUCCUUUCACAGAGAGAGCUUUGGCCCAUGAGCUGUUAAGUCCAGCUGGCGGACCUACUUCUCAGUACCACAUUGCAUUUGCUAGACUUAAGUUACAGAAGAAAGAAACAACUGAUGCAGAGGAAAGUCUGAAUGAAGCAUUACAAUUUGAUUACCAGAACCCAGAUGCUUGGGCACUGAUGGGACAUGUGAAGUACAUGAUAGGCGACACAGAGAAUGCCAAAGAUUGUUAUGAGAGAACCAUAUCAUUUCUCCAUGAUGCCUCAGAGAUGCAUUCUAUAUAUCUUAGACUAGCUUCCAUUUACCUUCAAGAUCAAAGGUUCCAAGAUGCGAAGAAUGUAUUUUUAAUGGCCUGUAAGAAGUCAGCAUCCUGUGUGUCAUGGUUAGGUGUUGGUAUAGCAUGUUAUAGGUUGAAUGAGCUUGGAGAAGCUGAAGAUGCUUUAUCUGAAGCCAACAUACUGAACAAUGCUGAUCCUGAAGUCUGGGCCUAUUUAUCACUUGUCUGUCUGAAAACUGGUAGACAACUAGAGGCUGAACAGGCAUAUAAAUAUGCUAUCAAGCUUAAUUUACAAGACACUGAUUUGUUGAAUGAGAUACAGAGUGUACAACAACAGGUUGGAUUUGGGAAUCCAGAAUUCUAGACAGAAUACCUGAAUAGAAGACAGUUCUUAUCUUAGAAUUCUAAAUUAAAAUUUUGAAGAAAUGACAAAUCUGUGAUAAACUAAUGUGAAUUUUCUAUCUUAUUUUAUUUAUGAAGUAUAAAAAUUUCUUUUAUUUAUAAUCAUUUGUAAAGUCUAAAUAAGAAUUAAAUAAAUUGUUGUAUUUA